AAGCUACUUUCUUUCAGUCUUUGUUCGUUCUUCCAGACUUUAGUUAUCUUUUGAUGCGUUAAUAAAACUACUGAAUUCCACUCAUUCGUUUUCUCAUUCUCACUGUCAGCAAAGUAAUGCCAUGUCUCUCCCUGGUUUAGAUCUUACAACACCCUCAGGGGACAAGGAGUUUGUCCCCGCACCGCCGACGCAAAUCAGUCUCUCCAAAGGUUCGGAAUGGCGAUUUGAGGUCGCGUUCGGCACGAUUGUGCGCGUGAAGCUGCUAGCAGGCACCGCCGAACUCUUCGGCACGGAACUCGCCCCGUCGCAGACGUAUACCUUCUCCGGCACCAAGGCAGCAAUUUACACAUGGCACGGAUGCACGCUGGAGGUGAGCGCAGGCGAGAGCUAUUCGACGGUGGACAGUCUCGCGCCGGGGGGCAGCAACGGAUCGACGACGACAGCGACGACGACGGGGCGCGGGCUGGGCGCCGGCGGCUGCCAAAGCGAGUACACGGCGGAGGAGACGCCGAUGGUGGAAUACGCGAAUGUGCACUUCGCGCUGGAGACGAUGCGCCAGCAGGCCAAGGCGCAGGGCAGGGAUGGCCCGCGGGUGCUGAUCCUGGGGCCCGAGGACGCCGGCAAGACCAGUCUCACGAAGAUCCUGACGGCCUACGCCACCAAGACCGGUCGCCAGCCCAUCGUCGUCAACCUCGACCCCACGGAGGGCAUGCUGAGCGUGCCCGGCACCCUGACCGCCACCGCCUUCCGUACCAUGAUCGACAUCGAGGAGGGCUGGGGCAGCAGUCCCAUGUCCGGCCCCAGUGCCGUCCCCGUUAAGCUCCCGCUGGUGUAUUUCUAUCCUAUGCCGAAUCCGCUCGAGGCCGAGGGGUCCGUCUACAAGGGUAUCGUGUCGCGCCUCGCGUUGUCCGUCAUGGGCCGCAUGGCCGAGGAUGAGGAUUCGCGCGAGACGGGCAUCAUUGUCGAUACCCCGGGCAUUCUUAGUCAGAGUAAGGCGGGGAAUGUGGAGUUGAUCAAACAUAUUGUGACCGAGUUUGCUAUUACCACGAUUCUGGUGAUCGGCUCCGAACGACUCUACAGUACGAUGAUGAAGAACUUUGAUAACAAGCCUACGGCGAGUGCGUCCGCCGUGGCGUCGGAUGAGCGCAUCUCUGUGGUCAAGCUGUCCAAGUCGGGUGGCUGUGUUGAUCGCGACGCAGCGUUCAUGAAGGCCGUCCGCGAGUCGCAGAUCCGCACAUACUUCUUCGGCAACCCGAUUCCUUCCACGGCAUCGGCGGCGCUGUCGCUGUCGGCGGCUUCAACUACGAACGUCACCCUGUCGCCGCACGCGCAGCAGCUGGAUUUCAAUUCGCUGGCGAUAUACAAUUACACUGUGGCAACGCUGGAGGAGGACGAGGAUGAAUACGACCCGGCGCAGUUUGGGACAGAUUCGUUCCUCCCUGGAGGGGGCAACGAGGCGGAAUUGAGCCAGAAUUACCAGCACGAGGAGAGCAGUGCAACUCCCGUCCUGCCCGGAUUGCCGGGGGGUAGCAGUAGUAUGUCCACGGCGGAGACGGCAAACAGCGCCAGCGUGCCGUUGAAGAAGUUGCUUCCGCCUGCGCCGACGGGGCUGGCCAAUUCGCUGCUGGCGAUCACGCAUGCGGCGCCCACGGCCAGUGCGACCGAUGUGCGCGAUGCGAGUAUCAUGGGGUUUUUGUAUGUAGCGGACGUGAACAGCGAGAGGGGCAAGAUCCAGGUGUUGGCGCCGGUGGGAGGCCGAGUGCCUCCGCGGGCGUUGGUGUGGGGGAAGAAAUGGCCUGGAGAAGUGGUGGGAUUAGUUGGGUAGGGGUAGAUACUAGAUAGCGGUAGACUAGCGGCGGU